GUCAAUGUUUUAUGAAUUUUAAAAGCGAUUUAUUGGAAUGCACCUCUCAGAAAGUAUCUGCAGACAUAACCUCAUGAACAGAAGCCAAAGCCUAGGAGAAUAUCUAGCAACUAUUAUUCUUGUCGAGAAAUAGAACUAAACGUCUUAUCAGUGAGACGCCUUAAAGUAUGACGAGGCGUCCUGAUAUAGUUGGUUGGUUGUUUAGUUGGUCGCCUUAUUCCAUUUUAUACUCCGCUUCGGGCCCUAUUUAUGCCAGCUCCACGUGCAACGUCCUGUACAACGUCGAUUUCGUGCCCUGCAAUCAUCCCAAGGGGACUUCGCAUUGCCAUCACUGCAGAUAUAAUCAUGAGGAGGCGAAGCUUAUCUGCUCUUGGGGACGCAAUAAGAGCCCGGAAUAUCUCUACCUCGGUAGUUGACUCCGGCAUGACCUGGCAUAAAGUAGUUAGUAGUAGCAGUAUUAUUAAUUGACGUCGGCGGGGCACGGUGACUUCCCGUGGGGUAAGUAUGGGGACGUGCUAAGCCAUGGAAUUAUAUACAAACCAUGAUCCUAGAAGCGAUUUAAGCAAACAGCGGCGACAUUGGCCAGUUGUCCGCGGCCUCCCAGUGGGCUUUUGCUGCGUCUAGGUUACUUAGCAGGUUCACAUCUUGGAUAGAAUUUAAUAACCCUAAAGAGUUCUGCAAACUCCUUUGAGCCGAAUAAUUGGAAACUUUCAAGCACCUCUCUACUAGAGGGGCCGGGGGUGUUGAGGGAGGGGGCGGCGGCAAGGCUG